UGACAACCUCACAAAAUUUAGUCCGCAUGGCAGCUGACUUAAUAAUUAGGAGGUUUAUUUUGAUAUAUAAUUGGUGAGUGAAUCAGGCAGAACAUGCAAAUCCCUAAUAAUUCAGGUAGAAAAUUCACAAGUGAAUGGAUCAAUUGAACAACUUUACAUAUCAAAAUGGAAUUUCAAACCGCUACAGAAGGGAAUGACUUGAUCGCAAACUGUAAUCUUUGUUUGUUCACUCACCGAUUCGAGUUGAUUGGGCGGUGAUACUUCAGGUUUUUGACCAUUAUCUCAACUUUUUUGUUUUCGAAAUAUAGUUGAGUUAUACAAUACAUAGUCAAUUUGAGGAAACUGUAAACCCGAAUCCCCAUCUCUUAAAACCCUUGUAAUGCUCAUCAGAUUCAGAGUCAAAGCUGUUGCUAUAUGCACUAACACUAUAUUUCACUGCAAUGGCUUUUACACUUUGAGGUCUCAGCAUCUCUACUCAUCAGCCUCUACCCCAACUCAUUUCUUGGUGAAAUACCUUGUUGAUUCUUUGGGGUUCUCCAAACAAGAAGCAGCUUCUACAGCUUCCAAGGUAACUUCAUCUAAAACCUCAAAGAAUCCAGAUUUGGUCCUUGAUUUCUUGAAACAAACAGGUUUAGACAAGGCCCAAAUGAAAGAAAUAGUUUCUAGAGUGCCCAAAUUGCUAUUCUAUGAUGUUUCCAAAACUCUAAAACCCAAAUUCCAGUGCCUUGUGGAUCUCGGGUUAUCCGGGUCGGACCUGGUGAAUGUAAUUGCUAAAGAUACAACAAUUGUUGACCGAGGUUUAGAUACUCAUUUGAGACCUACCAUUGAUUUGCUUAGGAGAACUUUGUGUAGUGAUGAAAAUAUAGUUAAGGCUAUAAAGAGAUUUCCUUGGUUGCUUACUUUUGGUGCUCAUCAUGCUAUGGAGACUAAUCUAUUGUUGUUCAGAGACACUGUUUUUUCUAAUGUGAGAAUAAAAAAACUUGUGCUUAGAUAUCCUAGAUAUCUUACACAAAAGUCUGGGUGGGUUAAGGAUCUGUUGCAAAGGGUGGAGAACGAUUUUCGAGUUCCACGUGAUUCCCCUUGUUUUCUUCAAGGAUUUGAAGUGUUAUCCUCGCAAAAGAAGUCUACGUUGAAGAGGAAGUUUAGAAUUUUCAAUAGUUUUGGAUGGUCUGAUGAUGAUGUAGUCAAGAUGUUCCGGAAGCUACCUUAUUGUAUUGCCCUCUCAGAAGUUAGAAUUCAGAAAGCGCUGAAUCUUUUCAUGAAGGAGUGUGGUUUUGGAACUGCUUACUUGGUUUCUCAUCCUGCAAUUUUGGCCUAUAGCCUGGAUUAGAGGGUGAUACCGCGGAUGCAAGUCUUGAAAAUUUUGGAUGAAAAGAAGCUUGAGCGGAGGAAGUUGGCUCUUUAUCCUGUUCUGAUGUUAACAGAGUCAAAGUUCAUAGAUUAUUUUGUGCUGCCUUACAAGGAUCAGAUCAGUGAGCCACUUUUAGCGAAGAAGUCUGCAAUUUUCAGAAGUUAACCAUGGGUCGGAACGUACCUUAUUGUUCAACUCUCUCAGAGGCUACAAUCUAGAGGAAGCUAGAUUUUCUUAUGAAGGAAUUCAGAUUAAAACCCGAGAGCUUGGCUUUUGCUUCCGUUAUUUCUUAUAGCACGGAGAAAGUGGUCCUUCCACGAAUUGAAGUCUUGAAGAUUUUGGAUGAGAAGUUGGGUAAUGAGAGAACAUUAUCUUUAUCAAGUCCUCCGGUUAAGUGAAUCAAAGUAUGUAGAGCAAUUUGUACUGCCUUACAGGGGUCAGAUUCCCAAUUUGUAUCUCAAAUAAGGAAAUAGUGAAAAAAAUAAGGAAAUAGUGUAAAAAAUAUACUUCUGAGGAACACUUUUUUGCUAUUACGUGCAGAUAUUUAUAUCUUAGUCUUUCAUAUUCACUUUGGUUAUUGAAUAUUUUUGCUGCAAUUCAUAUAUAUGUAGUCAAGAGAUUAAUGGAAGCACAUCUUCACAUGAAAGUAAAUCAUUUUCUUGAGUU